AUGGUGCGGGCGAGUCUUCUCGCCGUGCGCGAGGCGCUAGCGGUCGGCGCUGCGGCGGUCACGCAGCACGACGCCGCCGCCGCCCCUCUCGGUCCCGUGGCGAUCGUGGCCAUCGCGGUGGCCGCCACGGUGGCCGUGGCGGCCAUCGCGGCGUUCGGGUGCGCGCAGGGCGCCAAGAAGCCGCGCCGCCAGAACAACAACAACGCCUACUACUACGGCCAGGGCUACCCGCCGCCGCCCGCGGGCGCCUACGGCUACCCGGCGCAGCAGCAGCCGCCCCCCGGGUACGCGUACCCGCCGCAGCAGAGCGCUGUCAGCGGGAGGACCGGCCGCAGCGGGCUCGGCGCGGGAGCCGCGGGGCUCGCCGUCGGCGCCGUCGGAGGGCUGGCCGCCGGCGCGAUCAUCGGCUCGGCGCUCGAUUCCGGCGGCGGUGGCUGUGGAGGCGGCGGUGGUUGCGGAGGAGGCGGCUGCGGUGGCGGCGGCUGCGGUGGUUGA